CAACACUACUAUAUAACAAAUAAUUUGAGCUAUGGCAGAUGAUUCCGAGUGGGAGAAACUUCCUGCCCUUGAAAAAUGCUUGCACAAGAGUUGGAAAGCAAGAUGUGCUGGAUAUGAAGAGGUCAUGAAGGAGCUCCAGCUGCUCAAGUCAAAUCCGAAGGAUCCUAAAUUUGACCAGUACCUGGGAAACAUAAAGAAGUUUAUAGUUGACAGCAAUGCAAACAGUCAGGAGAAAGGGUGCGCAGCAGCUCUAAUGUUUAUCACGUACGCUGACUGCGCUAAAAAAGUAGUAAAAGAAGCAGUGUCCGGUAUCGUAGUUAAGGGGCUGAAUGGGAAGCCUAAAACUAAAGACUUGUGUGCACAGAUAUUCCUAAUGUGCGUGGAGAUUGAGAAAGUAACGGACGCCAGAGAGGAAAUACUGGAAGCGUUUUCCAACAAACAACCCAAAAUUGUGGCAGCAGCUGUGAACAUCAUCACAAAGAGUCUGAACCAAUUUGGUUCGAAAGUUUUUCCGAUAAAACCAUUGGUACAGAAAUCCCUUCUCAAACCGAUCAUGGAGCACAAAGACGGCAAAGUCCGAGACGAGGGUAAAGCGUUGGUAACGGAGAUGUACAGAUGGCUUGGGGACACCUUGUCAAAACUGCUACCUACUCUUGAACUUAAAGAAGUCAUGUUGAAGGAGUUGGAGGACGAGUGGUCUAAGGUAGAUAAGGGGACCCCUGAGAGGUACACCAGGUCUCAACAAGCCAAGAUGGAGGAAGAAGAGGACGAGGAGGAAGAAGAGACAGAUGGAGGAGAUGGUGGAGGUGGUGGUGGAGGUGGUGGCGGUGAAGAAGCAGAGCCUGAAGAAGAUAUGGAUCCCUACGACUUAGCAGAUCCAGUAGACAUUCUCGAAAAACUCAACAAAGCGUGCGGUGACUUCCAAAACAUGCUGGUCGAUAAGAGUUGGAAGAUAAGAAAAGAAGCACUGGACCAUUUAGUUCCACUCGCUACGGGGACAAUCAAAAUACAGCCCAGCAGUGAUUUUGGUGCGAUAGUAACGCCACUCUGUAAGAUAAUAUCUAAAGACGCUAAUAUUGUGGUGGUGCAGCUGGCUGUGAAGAGUUUAGGGGGCAUCGCUAAAGGACUCAGAAAAGGAUAUAGUAGUAACGCUAAAGAGACUGUUAUAGCUUGUUUAUCAAAGUACAAAGAGAAGAAAGCCAAUGUUGUAGCAGUACUGAGUGAUUGUAUUGAUGCGUCUGUAGAUACUGUUCCGUUGAGUGCGGUAGUAGAACAUGUUGUAGCAUCACUUGCUGAUAAGAACCCAGCAGUCAGGCAGGAAACUGCCAACUUCUGCGUCCGACUCUUCCAGAGGUCCAAAGCUAACAACCUUCCUAAGUCGGUUAUGAAGGCUCUAUGUCCUGCCCUCAAAGCUCUACUAGACGACACUGUGGGAUCAGUACGUGACGCUGGUGCGGGAGUUCUGGGUACAGCAACUAAAGUUGUGGGGGAGAAGUUUAUGUCAGAGUACAUCAAUGAUUUAGAUAAUAUCAAAAAACAAAAGGUUACGGAUGUGAUGGAGAAGGCUGAAGUCAAAUACCCUUACGGGUCGGCAGGUCCUGCUAAGAAGGCUGCUCCCGCUGCUAAAGCACCUGCUAAAGAGAAAGCAGCCUCAAAAUCAGAGGCACCCAAGAAAGAGCCAGCCAAGAAAUCUGCAGCUAAAAAGCCCGCUAAGAAGGGAGCUGGUAAGAAAGCUGCUCCUGCUGCUAAGAAGGAGAACAAACAGAAACAGAAAGACAGCGAGGAAAUCACUGAGGCGGAGAUGACAGAGGAGCAGGUUGACGAGGCUGUGGAGUCCUUGUUGGACGCUGAAAUCAUUGCAGGUUUGACUGACGCUAACUGGAAGGUUCGACUUGAAGCUGUUCAAAACUUUUCCGCAAAAGUGGAAGGUUUUGAGAAGAAUGUCAACGUACAAGCGCUUAUCCAAAUUCUUGGCAGAAAGCCAGGCUGGAAGGACAACAAUGCUCAGGUAUUGAACGAAAAGUUUGGUAUCUGUGAGAAGCUCACUCACAAGGGAGACGCUUUCACUAAACGUGGUGCUAACUACGCUUUAGAAGGGCUUGUUGAGAAAAUAGGAGACAUAAAGAUGAACAGACAAGUUACAGCAACCCUCCUCGCUAUAGCGGAUGUUAUCUCACUAAACUUCACUAGUGCUAACGCUUGUGGGUACGCUGAGAAAGCAAAGAGUCCUAAAGUUCAUACUGAGAUGUGCAAGUGGUUGGAGAAUGCUAUCACACUGUUUGGAAUGAAGAUCAACAUCAAGUCUCAUCUCUCGUUUGUAAAGAUGUGUGUCAGUUCACCUAACGCUCAGAUACGUGGAGCAGCUCUCAAUCUUAUUGGAACUAUGUCCAUGUACUCCGGCGCUGCAAUACUGUCCGCGUUCUCGGAUACUGACAACAAGAACACCCUCUCUCAAAUUGAGGCUGCGAUUGAGAAAUACAAGAACGCUAAACCCCCUGCACCAACUCGGGGCAUUACUGCUGAUGAUAAUGAAGGUGGAGCAGAUGGAGAAGGUGAAGCUGAAGCAGACGAGGGAGGAGCUGAAGAGGCAUUGGAUCUGGAGGACCUCAUUGAGAGAAAAGACAUUUCAGCGGACCUUGACAAAGCUUGCUCGCUCCUGGAUAGUACUGUGUGGAAGGAGAGGGUUGAGGGCCUAGAGGCUGCAGAAAGAGCAAUGAACGGUGCUAUGAACAUUCAACCAAACCUUGGCAGUGACUUCCAAGCUUCCAUGAAGGGACGAUUAUCUGAUAAGAAUAUGGCUGUGAAAACUAAAGCUAUAGGAGUAAUGUCGACACUAGGUAAAGUCCUAGGCACUGGGACGAAGAAGCACAAGGAACUGAUGGUCUCGUUGAUACCACUGUUGGCUGACAGCAAGAAGAUGAUUCAAACGCAGGUGUUGGAUGUAAUGAACAUAUGGAUAGAACACCUUACUAUUAGACCUCUGCUGACAGGAGAGGACUUGGUAGCCGCUUCUACAGAUAACAAUCCUAACCUCAGGAUUUGUUUGUUCACGUGGUUAACAGAACAGAUAAAGACCGCCAAAGUCCCUCCCCGACUUCCUAAAGAACUGAACCUACUGGUGCUUGGAGUUUACAAGUCUCUCGAAGAUAGGAACCCCGACGUAAGGAAGGUAGCUCAAGCAUUACUUCCAUACAUGAUGGCUCACGUGGGCUACAGUCAGAUGGUGGAGAAGGUUGGAUCUGUGGACGCAAAGAACAAGAAGACCGUUCAGGAUUUCCUAGAAAAGUAUAAAGAUGAAGCUGAUGCUUUGGCUCCCAAGAAACCACCUCCCAAAGCCAAAGCACAACCCAAAGAUGAUGCUCCAAAGAAGAAGAAAUCUCCUAGAAAAUCUAAAUCUCCCGAAAAGGGAUCUCCAAGUCCUACCAAGAAGGGCAAAGCGAAGAAGUCCCAAGCAGAAUCUCUCAAGUCUUCAACAGUAGAAGACGCUGAUAGUGAACCUGAAGCUACCGGAACAAAACGACCUGCUAAGAAAGGAGUUGGAAAGAAGCCAGGUGGAGGAGCCCCACCUCCAAGUAGCAAGAAGAAGAAAGGAGAAGAGGAGGACACUGACUCACCUCUCAAGGCUAAUGAUAAGAAAAAGCAGAGGUUUAAGGAUGAAGCUGGUCUCAAGCUUCUCAAGUGGAAUUUCAAGGUACCACGACAGGAGUACUUUGACCAGUUACAAGAGCUGAUGGAGCCUAUGUGUAGCCCCGGCCUCUUUGCUAAACUAUUCCAUCCUGACUUCAAACAGCACAACGAGGCACUCAAUAUACUGAUCACUAUAAUCCCAACACAUAUGCCGGAGAUAAAACAGUCGCUAGAUCUCUUGCUCAAGUGGAUUAGUCUGAGGUUCUUUGAUACCAAUACUUCAGUUCUUCUUGCUGCUCUCGACUGGUUAUCUAAAUGUUUCGAGGCCUUGAGAGAAGAUGACUACAUAUUGUUAGAGCAAGAAGGAUCCGCCUUCAUGCCGUAUCUUAUCAUAAAGUUGGGAGACAGCAAAGAGCCUGUAAGGAAGAGUGUUCAGGCGCUAUUUAACGAACUGUGCUACAUCUAUCCUGCUUCUAGAACCUUCUACCACCUUAGUGAAGGUCUAAAAGUAAAGAACAGUAGACAGAGAAGUGGUGUUCUAGAUCAGCUAACAAAGCUCAUCCUGGAGAAUGGUAUAGAAGUUUGUCAACCAACCCCUAAAAAAGCGUUCGAGGCGGUCGCUUCCUUCAUAGGCGAUAAGGACAAUUCCGUCCGAAUGGCAGCGUUGAACUGCUGCGUAGCUGGUUGGAAUUACAUCGGAGAAAGCAUUAAGAAAAUGUGUGGUACCCUCAAUGAUAAAGAUCUAGGAAUGUUGGAAGAGCGUAUUAAAAGAGGAGGUAAACGUAUAGCCAGCCCUCCUAAAGCUAAAACUUCGAAGAGUAAAAGUCAGGCCGCUAUUGAGCCUGUGUCUGAGCCUCAGAAACCAAAAGCAGAGGCAGCUGUUGAACUAGAUGAUAUUCCUGUGGAGAUACCAGAUGAACCAGUCAGGUCCCCCUCCCCUCCACCUCCUCCUCCUCCUAAGAAACGUGGCGAGUUCUACAUUGAUUACUCGAACCUGAAACCAGUACAAAUGAGGACACACACCCGACAGACAGAGAUAGCAGUUGACGAUCUGACAGACUUUACUCCUCCUGAGUUCAACUUUUUCAAGUACAGCCCCGUGGUAAUGGACAUAGAAGGUAUCAACAUCAGGGACGUAGAGGAGAUAAACUACGACCUGGUUGAGAAGGUUGGGAACCUUCGGCACCCUAUGAUAUCAGUUGUUAUAGAGACGGUAUCCGAUCUUAACAACAUGCUCAAAGACCCACAAAAUACGGCACUUUUCAAAAAUUACGUUAACAACCUGAUAAUGAGCGCUAUCUCCCAAUUAACUCACUUCCCUGGGGGAGAGGACGAGAGGGAACUAACUGUGUACCGGGCUAUUACCAGUAUCAUCAUGCAAGUUAUCAACAAUGAGACUCUUGCCAAGGAGAUAUCAACUGAUUACAUUAAGAAGAUCUGCAGACUUUUCUUAGCGGUUCUAUCCGAGGAACAGAAGUCUAGUCCUACUAUCGAGACUCUGAUUAAAGGAGUUAACGCGCUAGUUAUCCGGCUGCUGACAAACUGUAGCACUGGCCGUGCUAUCAGCGCACUUGUGGCACACAUGGACUCCUUGUUGAGCGAGUCUGGUCGCAGUAGAAGUCCCAAGGAACUCGAAAUACUUUUGAAGUGCUUGUGGAAGUUGAUGUCCAGACUGGAGAAGGAAUUUGAUCUGACUGCUGCUGAACGGAAUGAGAUUUUAGUGCUCCUCGCUCGAUUCUUGAGAAGGUUACCCUCGAGCGUCUGGAAGGACGGACAUGAUAACGAUAAGCCCUACCGCACUAUCAAAACUCUGGUUCACAAGUUUUGCAAGGGUCUGGAACUCAAGGUUUUAGAAGAUGUGGAGUGUUUGUCAAUGGAGGAUGUGAACAUUUUGCGGCCGCUGGUCGAUUCAUUCCUCACUGCUCUGGGAUACGAUCUCACUAAUCUCAUUACUGCUGGGACAAAGUCGCCUACAGGUGAUCACAAACUGGCACUUGACGAAAUGUUUGAAUGUUUGAAGGAUAAAGAUCAAGUCAAAAGUACGCUACUCCAACUCCACACCUUCAUCCUCGAGAACCCCUCUCUAGAUGUCUCCCCACACCUCGCUUCUCUAUCUGACGUUAAGAAACGCUUAGUGGAGAAGAUACUGAUAGAUCUGAGGAAGAGCCAUAGUAAGGCCCGGUGUCAUCGUACUAAACUAGCUAUCAGUAAUGAGCGGGAACAGAUGAAGUGUAAUUUGAAUCUAUCAGAGAAGAAGCUAACCGAACUAAAGAAUUGCUCGCUAAGAAACGUACUGAAGGACACAAGAAACACUCUAACCAAACACAAGGAAUCAUUUCCAAAUGAUUCUCGUGAAAUCGAGAAUCUCAUCAAUAAGAUACCGAAGGAAAAGGAAGCUCAGCGGUCCAGACUACCAACUAGUACUCUGAAUUCGAUUCCUCGACCAACAUCAUCGCCAAGUCGCUCUCCUGCAAGGUCAGGCUCCCAGAUACCUUCUCGCAGUAUGGACGACUUAAAAAAGCGACUAGAAAUGAUAAAGAAGCGCUCAAAACCGACCUGAUAUGUAAUAUACUGAGUUUACAGUGUUCGCAAAUGAAGAUAACUUUCAUAAUUCAUCCUCCUUAUUUUUUAGAGUAACCGUUUGGUGAGGCUCAGUAACGGCUGCUAAUUACUUAAUUUGAAAGCACUGUAACAACCACGUGUAAUUGUAUUAUAGACUUUAGUUUAUAGAACAUUUGUAGGGUUAUGUGGAUAAAUGGUAGUUUAGCAUCAGCACUGCACUAUUGAUAACAUCUGUUUCUUACCAUUAACUUAAAUUCCUUUUAAAUCAAGGUUGCAUUUCAUUGAUCCUAUUUUUGGAUGGUUUGAAAAUUGCACGAUUAAUAUUUUACUUUAAAAAACGUUAGAUUAUACGAUGUAAGGUAACGUUUUAAGCACUCGAGCAUCUAAUUCUAUUUCAAAUUUGCAUCGCGAUUUAAUUACAGCUGUGCUUACUCUGAUAACUUGUUUAAAAUGUGUUAUUUUGAUCAUUUUACAUUACACAUUACUAUUAAACUAUCUGGGUUGAAUUAAGAUUUUUGCUGAACAAUUCGUGACCAUGUUUAUGUUAGGGAAGAAGGUGUCUACAAGUUUGACAGUUCAAUGUAUUUUAUUUGAUUUUUAAAGAAUUGUUAAAUAAU